AUGUCGCGGCAAAACACCUCCUCGUCUGGCGAUGGAGACAACCACAACAACACUUCACGCCCACCCUUCCGUGUCUUACACGGCCACGGCCAGAGUGAAGCCCAAGGACAGGGCAACGGCGACAACCGCUUCUCAGACCACAGCUCCGACCGCACCCUCAGCCAGAACACGUGCGCCACACAGACCGACUCGUACAUGGCCAACGGCCUCGAUCAGGGCACCAACACCAAAACCAACACGCAGACACAGAAUAGCGCUCAACGCACGCAAACCUCGAACUCGACGUACGUCUCGCCCGAGUACCGCGAGCAGAACCCGCAGUACGGACAGAAGGAAGAUAAACCCGUGUGGAGUCUCACGCAGCCGCUACCGCAUGUCGUAAGGAACAGAGGGGGGAAGAAGGAGAAGGACGACCAGGGACAGUCCCAGGAUGGAAAAGACAAAGACAUGGAGAAGCAAAACACGCAGCAGAGCCAGCCCCCCGACGGCGGGACCCCAUCCGGCACGUACGUCUCGCCCGACUACUACGAGCACAACCCGCACUACGGGGAGAAGAAAGACGAGCCCACCUGGAGUCUCGCCCAGCCCCUCCCCCACGUCGUGCGCAGCGGAACGCGAGAGAAAAACGACAAUGACAACAGCCCCUCCGGCCAAUCCACCCCGACCUGCAGCUGCAGCGCCAUAAACCGCCUGACAAGCCGCAAGUCCAGCAAAAGCAAAAGCCAAAACAAGAACGAAAACAAAAACAACCGCGGAAAGCAAGUCGGCGACGAAAACGCCAUGAACGUCAACGCCCCCGGCAGCCGCGAGCCCGCCUCCGCCGAACCCCCCGCCGCCCGACCAGCAGACAACGCAGACGAACAGGGCCGGCGCGAAGCCCGCCAGCGCACCAAAGACAACCGCGAGUUCUUCAACCGCUGGGGCAAGGCGCGGCACUAUAUUCGUCAGGAACUGGCCGAGUGGCUGGGGAUGACGAUCGCCAUGACACUCGGUCUCUGCGCGGGACUGUCGACGUAUACAUCCGCCAGCGAAGCAGGCUCCUUCGGCUCCCUAGCACCAGCCUGGGGCUUCGGGUUCAUGAUCGCAAUCUACAUCUCCGGAGGAAUCUCCGGAGGACACAUGAACCCGGCCAUUAGUAUCUCCAUGUGGGUAUGGCGCGGGUUCCCGGCGCGCCGGUGCGCAACAUACACAGCCGCGCAGGUCCUCGGCGCCAUCACCGCCAGCGGGAUCGCAUACGCGCUGUACCACGACGCAAUCGUGCAACUGGCGGCCUCCAACGGCGUCCCGCAGGUCCUGACCGACGCAAAGCAAGCCAUGGUCGUGACGCCAAAGUCCUUCGUGCACCCGGUCGCCGCGUUCUUCGUUGAAUUCGUCGGCUCGGCUAUCCUCAUCGGUGCGAUCAUGGCGCUGGGCGAUGAUAGCAAUGCGCCGCCUGGCGCGGGAAUGCAGGCGUUUAUCAUCGGCAUCCUCGUCACGGUGCUCAUCCUGGCAUUGGGGUUCACAACGGGCGGGUGUUUCAACCCCGCCCGGGACUUCGGCGCGCGCGUUGUUGUUGCUAUGGCUGGCUGGGGCGGCACGUUAUUCUCCGAGUACCAUGUCUGGUGGAUUUGGGGGCCUUGGGUUGCGGAUAUUGCGGGCGGGCUGUUCGGGGGCCUGAUGUAUGAUCUGAUUAUCUUUACGGGCGGGGAGAGUCCGGUGAAUUAUCCGCCUCGACGGCGGAGGAGGGCGUUUCUGAUGAAGAGUCGGAAUACGAGGGCGCGGAUGGGCAUGGGGAGGAGGAAGAUCCCGGAUUUGGAGAGGGCGGUUAAGGAGAAUGAAUAA